CAUCUGAAAGCUUAAAAUUACAUCCAAAAGUUACAUACUUUAAUGGUUUUGGUUCUUUAGUCUGCUCCCAUUUGCUUCUCAUCACUCUCAUAUCAAAAAUCAAAGCAAAGUGAAAUAUUUAGAGUUAUGGCUUCGUCUCUGUUAUUGGCGGUGGUAUUUGUGUUCGAUCUCAUUGCUUUUGCUCUUGCUGUUGCUGCAGAACAGAGGAGGAACACUGCCUCGUUAUCUGAAGACACUGCGGGAAGAAAGUACUGUCAAUAUGAUUCUGACAUUGCAACCGGCCUAGGUGUGGGGUCAUUGUUCAUCCUAGUCGCUAGUCAAGUGAUCAUUAUGGUUGUAACUAGAUGUCUGUGCUGUGGGAAAGCUAUGAGACCCAGUGGAUCAAGAUCAUGGGCAAUUUGCUUAUUCAUCACUAGUUGGGUGACAUUUAUCAUUGCUGCUUCGUGCCUGCUUGCUGGUUCAGUGAGGAAUGCAUACCACACCAAGUACCGUGAUCUGAUGGGAGAGAGAGCCCCUUCAUGUCAGACCUUGAGGAAGGGUGUGUUUGGAGCAGGAGCAGCCUUCAUUGUUUUGACAGGCAUAACCUCGGAGCUCUACUACGUUAGUUUUUCAAAAGCUAAUAAUAAUGGUCCCCCUCCCUAUGCUCGAGACACUGGUGUAAGGAUGGGAAAUUUGUAGCAGUGUUUUGUGGAAAUUGUUUGUAAUCUUAUGUUGGCUACCCUUGCUAUUGGAUGUGAAAGCCUACUUGUAAAUUAUUAAGAACCUUGGUUGAAAAAACACCCAAUGUCUUAACUAUUUCCUCCUUCUUCACUCAUCAAUUAUGUCACAAUAGGUGCUGCCUCACUCUGCGGCUCAAACUUGUGUACCUUAGUCUGCUUUGUCAUGACAAUUAUUUCUUCCACAGGUUUUUGCAUAAAGUAUAAUAAGAAUCAAAUUGUUUUAGUUUUUCUCUUACAAAUAUAUAAG